UAUUGUAUCGUGGACAGGGAGCGCGUGCGCGUGUAAACAUCUCUAAAGAAUAAAAGUCUUUGAGGUCCAAACUUAUAACUGAGAAACUUUUUUUUUAUUAUUUAUUUCUUUUUCUUCGCGGAAUAAAGUCAGGAUGUCUGUAAAUGAUCAUCUCGAGGGGAUAUUGUCGGAUUUUGAGGCUUUGAAGAGAUCCUUUGACAUUGAUGAUGUGGAUGAGAUCCCUACAUUCUCCCCAGCCUCCACAGUCACGUCUCCCAUUAGCCCAAGCACCAUCCUCAACAAAGCUAACGAGGUGCGGAGUCCAGGUGGUAUCGUGUCCCCCAGUUAUCGCUCGAGGAUCAGUCUUAGCUCCAGCCCUGCUCAGAGCCCAGCCAUAAAAAAUAGGAUGGUGUCAAGUCUGUCCUUUAACCGAGGCACCAUGGGAAAGCCCACUAUCACCUCUAACACCGGAAUCAAUCGUGCCUCCUCUUUCCAGAACAAAUUCAACCCAAAUGGCUUCAAUUCAUCUUCCGGUCCUGGUAGUGAUAAUGACAGCCUUCACAGUUCCUCCUCCAGCCUGGAAUACCAAGCCUCUUCCAAAAUGAGCUCCUAUACAAGUCCUCCGCAGAGCCCCAUGGGAGUAGGUGAGUACAAAGCCCAGCGCUUGGGUAGCCCUGCCUUGAAGAAGUUCUCCUCCCAUGGCAACAUGUUUCAUUCAGAGCUGGAGGGACCUCUGGUGAUCCCCACAGAGCCAUUAGGUAUCAGCCACGGUUCUAUGCCAUCAUUGGACCUUCAGAUGGCCGAGAGUGGCGGAAUAAGACGUGUAGUGUCCCCGGGAGCAAAAUACCCCAGCUCUGCUGUUACUUGGAAUGCAUAUCGUCUACAAAAUAAUGGCAAUACCGGGAAAGAUUCAUUCAUCAAUCACCAGCCCCCUAAAACCAAAGAGCCUUCCCGGCUCAACAAAUUCCCUCUUGAUCUCGACAACCUUGUGGUCAAACCCCAGACAGAGAGCCCUGUGCCACCAAAGCCUCCAGCAAGGUUACACCCAGUCUCCACCAGCCCUACUAUAUCUGAAAGCACCUCAGCUUCCGUCAGUAGCUUAGACAGUGCGGAUCUACCCAUGGUUCACAGCUCCACUUUGGAGAAACAAGAGCUGGACACUCCUUCAGGAGCCAUCCCAGUGCCAGACAUAAGUGAGUCCCCUGUCCUUCUGUCCCCCGCCCAGACCCUUCGGUUUAAUGUGGUGUGUCAGCCUCAGAUGGGCCAGCUAGCUCCUGCAACAUCCCUUCCACCCACACAGGUGAACAUCAUCAGCGGUCCUGCACAAAAUGAGCCUCAAACCAAAGACAGUGUAGGUUCUAUUCUACAGAGGAUUGCCUCUUUCUCCAGAGUGGAGGUUAAAGCACCAAAGCCCCACCCGAGCUCUGUCACCCCCUUCAGCAAUGGUCUCAAGAGAGAGUCCGUGCCAGUUCAGUGCAAAGAACUCAAAAGAUCUGAAGAGACGGUGCAGGAGCUGGACUUGGAGCUGGAACAGCCCGUCCGGAUGGAGGAGGAGAGGGAUAUUAAGCUUCAGCUGGAGGAGAAACAUGAGGUUGGGAAGGAGAGUCCUUUCCUCGUUGAGCCCAACAUGCAGGGCGUCAUCAGAGGUGGCGACCUCUUCGGCUACGUAGGAAUCGAGGCAGUGCUGGAUCAGAUGAGGCGCAAGACCAUGAAGUCUGGCUUUGAGUUUAACAUCAUGGUGGUCGGUCAGAGCGGCCUGGGAAAAUCUACGCUGGUGAACACGCUGUUUAAAUCCAAGGUCAGCCGUAAGUCCUGCACUCCCAAUUACGAGGAGAAGAUCUCCAAGACCGUCAACCUGCAAUCAAUCAGCCACAGCAUUGAAGAAAAAGGCGUGAAGAUGAGACUCACAGUUAUCGACACGCCCGGAUUUGGAGACCAGAUCAACAAUGAGAACUGCUGGGAGCCCAUCGUCACGUACAUCAACGAGCAGUACGAGAAAUAUCUGAAGGAGGAGCUGCACGUCAACAGGAAGCGAAGGAUCCCAGACACCCGCGUCCACUGCUGCGUCUAUUUCCUACCAGCCACGGGGCACCGGUUGCGUCCAAUCGAUGUGGAGUUUAUGAAGCGGCUGGGGAAGAUCGUGAGCAUCGUACCUGUGAUCGCCAAAGCCGACACGCUAACCAUGGAUGAGAGGCUAGAGUUCAAGCAAAGGAUAAGGCAGGAUCUUCAGGCCCACGGGAUCCGAGUGUAUCCACAGAAGGAAUAUGACGAGGACGCCGAGGAUCGGAUACUCAACGACAAGAUCAGGGAAAACAUCCCGUUUGCGGUUGUGGGAACAGAUAAAGAGCACCAGGUGAACGGAAACAAGGUUCUGGGACGAAAAACCAAGUGGGGAAUCAUCGAAGUUGAAAACGUUGAGCAUUGUGAGUUUGCCAACUUGCGAGAUCUUCUGAUUAGAUCCCACCUUCAAGACCUGAAGGACGUCACUCACUACAUCCACUACGAGACGUACCGAGUGCGACGGCUGAACGAGAGCAACGCCAGCGGACUCGGCCUCUCCGCUCACACACUGGAGAACGGUACAGCGGAGAAGAACGACGCAGAAAGCCAGCUUUAAACACACACACACACACACACACACACACACACACACACCAAGAUGAUCAGAUGUGAAGACGUAAAGACAUUUCUGCAUAUAAGCGUCAUAUAUAAGUCUAUUUUUUAAGAGGAGUCUAUAUUAUGGGUGAGGUUUUGGGGGAAAAAAGUCUGAGAUUGAAAAAUAUAUUAAUGAUGAUGAUGAUGGUGAUGUGUGAGGAAGUACAAUAGAAGUGAAAUGCAUGUAGGAAAAAUUACUCUUUCCUUAUGCUGAGCAAAUCUUUCCCUUUAUUUCUCUCUCUUUCUUUUUUUUCUUUCUUUCUUUUUUUUUUUAAGAAAAGUAAAAUUAGACUAUUUUUGUUACCAUGCUUACAUUUGGAAUGUGUGAUUUUUUUUUUCUUCUUAAUUUUCUAACCGAGCAAUUUUUUUUUUCUGCUUGUGGAAAAUAAAAACCCUGAAAUGAAAAGAAAGCAAUAUCACCAAAAGUUUUUUUUUUAAUUUUUUUUUAUUAUUAUUUUUUUUUUUUCAAUCUUGAGCUGUUUGGAGCUUCUAUACGUCUGUUCUGUUUUUCAACAGUUUUUCUGUUUUUUGUUGUUGUUGUUGUUGUUGUUGUUAAUGAAAAAAACAAGAAAAAACAAAACAAUUAGAGCAGUAAUGAUGUAUUCACUGUUUUUUUCAUCAAUGGUACACAUUUUUAUACUCACUGUCCAGAAUUGUGUUUUUCUGUUUGUUCUUUAAGCUACUGUACAUACCCAUGUUGUUAUUUUUUUUCCCCAAAUCUUUUUUUUAAAUAAUAACGCAACAUGUACUAACAGCUCGUUAAACAUGUCCUCGUUAAAAAAUAUUAAUAUUCAUGUUAAACGUCGUUGAGUUACGAUUAAAUGAUUGUCAUUGUUGACCGCA